AUGGGUUAAAGAAACGAAACACAGCCAUCUGAAUUCCUUCUUCUUGGACUGUCGACAUAUGGUCAGCCAUUGCUUUUUGUUAUAUUUCUAAUCAUUUAUUUUGUAACCUUGAUGGGCAAUACAUUGAUCGUUGUGACAGUGACUAUAGAUGCUCAGCUUCAGUCUCCUAUGUAUUUUUUCCUGCGGAGCUUGUCUCUUACAGAAAUUUUCUACAUAUCGGUGACAGUCCCCCGAAUGCUCAGAGACUUCUUAAAUUUAAACAAAACAAUAUCUUUCCUGGGUUGUGCUUCCCAGCUUUACUUUUUCUGUUUUCUUGGUACCACUGAGUGCUUCCUGCUUGCAUUUAUGGCAUAUGACCGAUAUGUAGCUAUCUGUCAUCCUCUUCAUUACAUGACCAUAAUGACCAAAGCUAAGUGCUUAGAGUUGUCACUAGGCUCAUGGCUCUCUGGGAUUUUAUUGUCAUUAGUCCAGAUUUCCUAUGUUUUUAGCCUGCCGUUCUGUUCUUCCAAUAUCAUUGACCAUUUCUUCUGUGAUAUUCUUCCAGUGGUAAAGCUAGCUUGUGCUAACACUUUUGCUAAUGAGAUAGCUAUUUUAAUAUAUAGCUCUCUAGUUAUACCUCUGCCAUUCCUGCUUAUUCUGGUGUCCUACAUACAUAUUAUUACUGCUAUAUUAAGAAUACCUUCAAGCAUGGGUAGAAAGAAAGCAUUUUCAACAUGUGGGUCUCAUCUGACAUCUGUAACUUUAUUCUACGGAACAGCUACAAUAACUUAUCUCAAGACGAAAUCUACAAAAACAUAUGGAGGGUCAAAAAUUAUUUCUCUCCUCUAUAUUGUAUUUAUUCCAAUGCUUAAUCCUCUAAUAUAUAGCUUGAGAAAUUCAAUAAUUAAAAAUGCCAUGAAAAGACUUAUAAAAUAUAACAAGGCUCCCUAA